ACAAAAAAAAUAGAGGUGGUAAGGAAUUAUUUUAAAGCUAUAUCACACUGUAGUGCCAUUUUAUUUUCUUAAAACACUUGAAUUAAACCCUGUUACUUAAAAGAUGCUACACAAACACAGAGGACCAGAAAACAUGAGUGUAGUGUAUAAAAGCUCCACAGUGACCAAUAACCGAAAAUACAUAUAAGUAAAAACUUCUUAAAGAUGAUCUGAUUUUAUUUUUCAUCUGAGAUGGUCUACUUUUAGAAAACAUUUCCGGACUGAAUAGUUGUCGGAUAUGUUUGAAGUCAGGAAUGUGACUCCGGACUCUACUGACUUGUCAUUGGUGUAGAGAGCAGCAGGUGGGCGGGUCAAGAAAGGACACAUUUAAGAAAAAAAACUAACACAGCAGCGACUGUGGACAGUCUCUAAUCUGGUGUCACAGAGCAGCGCUAUGGAUGCAGGACAAUUUGUCUUGAUCUGCGGGAUCAUCUUUGCCUUUCUUCGCUCAUUUAUGUCCGCAGACCAGAAUAACAUCACAGCUCAGUGUGGACAAAACGUCACUCUGACGUGUCGAGCUCCAAACACCAACAAUGAUCUUGCAGAGUGGAGCCGAGCUGACCUCGGAGAUGAAUAUGUCUUUUUGUACCGGGAUGGGCAUUUUAUUCCAGAUCACCAGCAUCACUUGUUUAAGAACCGUGUGGACCUGCAGGAGACACUGAUGAAGGAUGGAGACGUGUCUGUGAUUCUGAAGGAUGUCACGACUGCUGAUAGUGGAACAUACAUGUGUUGCAUCAUUGUGGCAGGAGCAACCUCAUGUGAACCCAUCUGCAACAUAACACUGAGUGUUGUUGUUUCUCCAGGUCAGCCAGGAGGAGCCACAGAGGAUGGAGGGAAGGAGGCUGGAUCUGUUGGACUGAAAGUUGGUCUUUCAGUUGCUGCUGUUGUUGUUGUUGUUGCUUUUGUUGGUGUCGUGAUCUACAGAAAAUGUAAACAACAGAAGCAGGGUUCUUUCCAGCCUCCAGCUGAACAGCAGCAUGUUUGUAAUGUUUCUGUUUUUUUCCGGAUGAUCUGAGUCUACGUCCACACGUACAC